AUGGCGUCCAUGUCUACUGCUCAGUUGGAGCCCGCGGCGUCGGGCUAUUCUAAGACCACCCGUCGACAAUAUCAAAGCUGCGAUCAAUGCCGCAAAAGCCGGCGCGCCUGUGAUGCCGGCACGUUGAGGGUGGCCAACUUCCCCUUUAGCGAUGACGAGCCUCCCACCGCUCCCGCCUCUGCCUGCGAGGCAUGCUCCAACUGUGCAAAGAGCGGCAAGAAAUGCACUUUUGUCUGGCUUCGCACUCUUCCGCUCCACGGCCUCCCCAAAGGCAUCAAACGCAAGCUCGAGUUGACCGGCGACGCCGCCUCAAACCUAUCAUCCGAGACGAACCCUCGGUCACCGCAGGCCUCGACAUCAUCCGCCGAGUCGACAUUGGCUCCCCACGUCACCUGCAACCCUUCCGUACCGCUGGAAUUCACUCAUUCCCCGUACUCCAAACUCGCAUCUGAGAAGGAUGCUCACCAAGGGCGUCCCACAUCGCAUCGUCCGCACUCAGCAUCGCAUGGCGCCCUGACUGGGCCUUCUGGCGUCUCUGGAGAAGCGGCAGGUGCUUCUAUUCCAGCCUUUUCCGCUCACUCAAAGCCAGGCAUUCGAUGGACCACCCCGACUCUUACGCGCGCCGACACGUCUUCUUCUUCUUCGAGCUCCAUUUCGACGGAGUCCAGGACCACCACGUUCAGUGUCCAAGCGCCCCGCAGCGUAGCAUCAACCUUUUCAGAUUCAAGUCGUGAACGAGAAAGCACAGACACUCUCUCACCCAAGCACGCCAGAUAUACCGCUCAUCCCGAAGGUGGACGCGAACCCCGACCCGGGAUGAGGCUGCCCUCGGCGAACUUGUCCAGCUCCUCAUCCACGGUGUCCAGACGCCCUUCCAUCAGUUCGGCGCUUCCAUCGACCGGACGACAUCCAAGCUCGACCCCACUGUCUCCGCGCCAGGUGCGGUUUGCUGAUGGGGCGAUGAAAAGCAUGAUCGCCACUGGCUUGCUGCGCAUCUACCACGAUAGCUUUGAGAACUCUUUGUCAUGCUGGGUAACGGAACGGAAUUGUCCCUACGAGACCGAGCUUCGCGACCUGCUUGCCACCUCCAACCCCGAGUCUGCAGCAGACGAAGCCGCCUUCCGCCUGGGUGACAACAGGAUCUUUUCACGGGUUUCCCGUCUCGACGCGGCUUUUGCGCCGCUCCGGAGGCGGGACUUGACUGCGUCCGAAAACCGCACCGCGUCCAAAGCGCUCAAUGCCGCCAUCAUGGCCUUUGCCAGCCAAUGGUCGCACAACUCACACAAUGCCUUCUGGAAGAGCAAAGAAGGCCGGUCUCAGAUAAAGGCCUGGCAGAGCCAGAAUCGGGCCAAGAACAAGCCGGCGGUGUCGAGCCGUGGCAGCGCCGACCCCAUUCUCUCGAGUGAAUGUGAACGCAUGAUCCAAAAGACGCUCUGGCACGAGGCGCGGACGGCAAUCCAGGCCAGCGCCGAGCUAGACUCGUUCAAAGUCAUCCUCGCACACAUGAUCUUUGCACUCACGCAAAGACCCAUCGACGAAAGCCCGCGGCCUCCACAUUCCGCCCUGCCAAAUGACGGGACUGCUCGACAGCCCCCUGAUACGGCCGGCGCCUCUGUGCCAUAUGCAGACACAGACCCCGCAAUGGGCCUCGGAAAGGAGGAAUGGGAUCCUUUCUCGGCCAGUGACCUGGAGACGAUAUCUUCGCCGCCGGUGUAUCUCGAAACCGCGGUGCGGAAUUUGUUCUCCUGGAGACGCAAAGUGGAGCGAUACAGACGGGUGCGAUUAUGCAGGAGUCAAGUGGGCGAAGCACCGGGCUCGUUGGGUGCAUUGACCCUGAAGGACCAGCAGACAUUUAAUAUUCUGUUCUGGCUCGGGGUCAUGUGCGACACCACCUCGUCUGCCAUCACCAAGAGGCCGCUGGUCAUCCCGGACGAGGACUGUGCCAUGAUUCUAGACAAGAUGGACAUGCUCGGAAAUGAUGGCCAGCCGACCAAUCCGGCCAUGACGACAACGGCGACGGGCCGGGAUCGAGAGGGUGCCCACGUAGGAGGGCCCGCGGCCAACAUGACGGAGCAAGCGACCGAGCAGCUCUGGGGCGAAUACCUGCUGAGCUUCAAAUGGGCCGGGCCACGGCAAGUGCAGCCUCGAUGGCCCUGCACUUUCGACGAGGCCGCGCUGGUGCUUCAAGAAGCCAUCCCGGUGAAAGUGUUGAUGUUUCGCCGGGUGGGACAGCUGCAGACGUUGGCGCACCGACGCAGCCCGGCGCAUCUCCUCGAGCGAUGCAUCGAGGAAGCGAUCUCCGUGUACCAACACUGGAAUGCCACCUACGGCCAGUUCAUGCUCGACUGUGUGCGCGCGCACAACCAGCUCCCGGCGCGGGUACAGUCGUGGUACGUCAUCUUGGAUGGCCACUGGCACUACGGCUGUCUGCUGCUGGCCGACAGCAUCGCGCAGGUCGACCGCGAACGGCAGACGAUGGGGCCGCAGCGCAGCCUGCGCGCCCACUGCGGGCUGAUGGUGGAAAUGCAGAGGGAGAAUGCAUACGCCAUUUCGGCCAUCGCCCAGGCCUCACUGGCCGAACACGCGCCGUCGUUCCCCGACAACCCGGACUUCUCAUUCGCCUGCAACGGCAGCGCCAUCCUGACCGAGCCCUGGACCGACAUCUUGGUGCGCACCAUGGGCAGCGCCUGCAAGAUCUUCAUCCACUGGCUGUCCGUCUGGCAUGAUCCCAGCCACGCCCUGCACGACUGGGUGGUCUCGAACACCGACUACGACGACUUGUAUACUCAGGCCGACAUCUGUAUCCAAGGCAUGGCCUUGCUGGGCCGCAAGUCCGACGCCGCGAACUACACGGCGGAGAUCUUUUGGACGAGGCUGACCCAAGUAUCCGCCCGUCGUCCGCGCUCGCGCUCAGGACAUACGAUCAAGGAGGAAAAAGCCCAGACUUUGGCCGAAGAUCUCUUGUCAGGGCUGGAACCGCCGGGGGCGGGGGUGGAUUACUUGUCAAGCUCGAACCUGAAUCCGAUCCGUUGUUGA